CCCUGGAGCUUCCUUGUGCCAGCUCAAAAGAUACGGUCAACAUCACCAAAGUGAAACACCCGCCAUGUUUGUUUCUUAUCUGCUUCUACAUUUUUAUAGCUAUGACCAUGGCCACAAGGAGCUUUCUAACCGACCGGCAGGCUGAAGAGCUACACAAAUCCAUCAUCGCCUACCUCACCUCCCUCAACCUCGCCACCACAGCCAACACCCUCCGCGCCGAGCUCAACCUCCCCGAAGAAACCUUUGACCUCGCCAAAGCAAAACAAUACGAAGGCCUCCUCGAAAAGAAAUGGACCUCGGUCAUCCGCCUCCAGAAAAAAGUCCUAGACCUCCAAGCAGAGAACGCCCACCUCAAGAACGAGAUCGAAAAUGCCGGUCCUUUAGCCCUGUCGAGAAAGAACCAGGACCCAGCCAAUUGGCUCCCCAAGGGACCGCCACGAUACACUCUCGAAGGCCACCGCCUGCCCAUCACCUCGGUAGCCUUCCAUCCUGUCUUUAGCUCUUUGGCCUCGGCAUCAGAAGACAACACGAUCAAAAUCUGGGAUUGGGAGCUCGGAGAGUUGGAAAGGACACUCAAAGGGCACACCAAGGCAGUCUUAGAUGUGGAUUUUGGCGGGCCGAGGGGGAAUACCCUCCUUGCAAGCUGCAGUUCCGACAUGAGUAUUAAGCUGUGGGAUCCGGCGGAUCAGUACAAGAACAUCAGGACACUACACGGCCAUGAUCAUAUUGUGAGCUCGGUGAGGUUUGUUCCUGCGAAUGGCACUGCUGGGGCGGGAGGGAAUUUGCUCGUGAGUGCGAGUAAGGAUAAUACGCUGAAGCUGUGGGAUGUGACGACGGGUUAUUGCGUCAAGACGAUUGAGGGGCAUAAUGACUGGCCGAGGGCGGUGGCGCCGUCGGCGGAUGGGAGGUGGCUGUUGAGCACCGGGAGUGAUAAAGCGGCUAGGUUGUGGGAUAUUGGGGGGACGGAGCCGGAGUGUAGGGUUGUUAUGUUUGGGCAUGAGAAUUUCAAUUUGUGCUGCGAAUUCGCACCCUCCACUUCAUACCCCCAUCUCGCCCGCCUCGCGGGACAUGAAAAGGUGCCCCCAGCAAACAGUGCUGCUGAGUUCAUGGCGACGGGCUCGCGUGACAAGCAAAUACGGCUGUGGGACAGGAGGGGACAAUGUAUCAAAGUGCUAGAGGGCCAUGACAACUGGGUCCGAGGUCUGGCCUUUCAUCCAGCAGGUAAGUUUUUGAUCUCGGUGGCAGAUGACAGGACGAUGCGCUGCUGGGAUUUGAGCCAGGAUGGGAAAUGUGUUCAGACCCUCUCUGGCAUGUUUGACGGGUUCGUGAGCUGUGUGAGGUGGGCGCCGGGAGUCACUAAGGAUGGGCUUGCUGGUGGGGAUGCUGGUGAUGGCACGCCGAAGAAGAUAAGUGCCGAGGCGAAUGGCGGGUUGCAGAUGCGGUGUGUGAUUGCGACUGGGAGCGUGGAUGGGACGGAAGGCAAGGUGAGGAUAUUUGCCAAUUGAGUGUUUGGGACCAAUGCAGUGUCGAAGCGGGCAAAUGGCCGACAUAGAGUAUGAAUAGGGUUUCAGGCAACAUCAUCAGCAUCAUUCGCAUUCAGCGUAUUAGGGGUAUGCUAUAGAAAGGCCGCUGCCUUGGGUGGCUACAAGAAAGCGUUAAUGUUAAUGUUUACGCAUUUAUCG